CGCGUCUGCGAACAACAAACGCCUGCAUCAUUCACCACAGCAACGACAUGCACCCUUAGAUCGUGCAGCGGGCGCAUUGAAUUCCUUUGAUCAUCUUUCAAUUCCUCGCUGUGGAUAAAUUCAGCGAAGCAUCUGCAAAGCGACGAGUUGAUUAUGGCGCCGUCACUAGAAGUAGCGGAGAAACGUCAGGCAGCACGCGAGGUUAUAGAUAUUCUUCAUGAGAUAGCAACUCUCCUGAACACCGGGUUGAACCGUCAGCAGCUUUCGUACUGCGUUUCGCUAAUCGAGAAUGGCGUUAAUCCCGAGGCUCUGGCUAAUGUCAUCAAGGAGCUUCGUAACCGAUAUCCGGAGCCUCCUCAAAGCGAGGGCGAAGAAGCGGCAUGAGCGAACGCUCUUGCAGAGUCUAUGAGCAGCCGCGGUAUGGAAGGAAACAGAGAGUGCCGUGCUUUCAUUUCGCUUCACGAAAGAGAGCCAGAAUGCCCACACCAGAGAUGUAGCGAGCCUGUCCCUCAGUGGAUCCCGAAUCAGAAGGAUUAGAGCAGAUAUAUGACGCGUACCGAGUUUGUUUUUGAUCAUCAAAUGUAUGGUGGGUGAUGAUACGUCCGGCUUGGUACGAGUUGAGAGGCAAUGAAUAAAAUCUUGUGCAAAAGAUUCUAUGGGCUCGUAUUGCGGUCCUGGAGAUGUCGCCACUAUCACUUGCGUCUUUUCGAAGUUCGUGAAGUGAUCAGCUCUACAAUAUUCAUCGUAUAUAGGUUGCUCCAGUCAACAACACGGCCACAAACCUGUAGCAAAGAAAUGCCGA